GAAUGACUAGAAGAACAUUAGAUAUGGCGUGAUGUCAUCGUAUAUAAAGUCGGCCGCCGGAAAAAUCAAUGAAUGCUUAGACAUAUAGGGUUUUCACAAUCUGACUAAAGUACAGACCUAUAUUAUUAUAUAUAUAUAUAAUAAUAUAGGUCUGUACUUUAGUCAGAUUGGGGUUUUCAAAUUUGUAUUUUAAAUUUAAGUCAGUUCCCAACAAGGAAACACAUGAAGUGAGUCCUGGACAGGUUUUAGUAGAGGGAUGGCUACCACUGAGAAAAAUCCAGAAGGUGAAGAAAAAUAGCUAAGGAAUGAAGUCCGCGGAUGUUAAUGAAAAUGUGGGAUUUGGGCGGACCCAAGUGGAUCCUUGGGACAGAAUCCAGUUGGCCCUUAUCGAGGAGAUAGACUCUAAUAGUGAAGUACGAUACGAGAUAUUUAAACUAUCUGGGUCCAAGAUUCCAUCAGCAGGCACAGUAAAGGAUGGCGCAAGCUAUCUCAAGGCUUUGGAAGAGCAUUUCCAACAUAAUAAAGAUGAUGUUGUUCAGUUUUUGUAUCACGUGACUGACGAAUGUAGACUACACCUCGACCAAGGCACGACCUCAGUAUCCUCCAUUCUUAAGCAAUACAAAGAAGGACGAAGGGAGAACGAGUUGGGAAUGAAACAAAUAGGCAUCUCGCGGAAGUGUGAGCUUAUUGGAAGAGAACAAGAGAUACAAAGAACCCUGGGAAAUAUCCAAAGCAAGCAGUACAAAGGUGUGUGGAUUUGUGGACUAGGCGGUAUGGGUAAAACUAGCAUGGCUGAUGAAGUCUGUAGGAGGUUACUCGGAGAAACAGCCGCAUGGAGGAUCAUCAAAGUGGAAUUAAGGGAACAGAAAUGCAUACGAGAUCUCGUGAGAAAUGUACUUAACCUGAUUGGGGAGUCAGUGGUGGUGUCACACAGGGAGGGGCUAUCAGAAGGAGUCUUUGAUUCAUGCGUAGACGAAAAAACUGAAGAGGAUAAUUUCGUCGACUUGAAAGGAGACUCAUGGAGACAACUUAUGAUUGAAAAAUGCUGUGAAAGCUCAGGCGAAAAUAAAGUGCUUUUUUUGGACAACAUUGAUGGUCUCUUAGCGAAUGAUGCGCCCGAGUUUAGUGAUUUCCUGCACCAAGUAGUGAAGAAACUUAGUGACGCUGAAGAGGACCCAUGUCACCGAGGAAAGACACGAAUUUUAAUCACGUGUCGUCAAAGCUUUCUCUCUAUCGGAAAGAUCAGGGGAUUGACAGAUGCUUUUGUGGAAAUCUGUCUUAAAGAGCUUACUGGACAACAAGCAUCGACACUCUUCAAACGGGAGUUAGAGCGGCAAUCUAUAUCAUACAACGAGAAGGACUUGCAGACUCUGGCAUCCCUUUGUGGAUGUUGUCCAUUGGCCGUCCUUUCAGUCAGCGGUCUAUUUAAAGACAUCACUCCGUCAGAAUUGAUAUCGAUAUUCCAACUCUGCAAAAGUACUGCAAUGCAGAAAGAUAUUCUAGGGGUGGAAACAUGUUUUCGUGAAUCGUUUUCAAGGCUGGAAGAACGAUACAAGCGCAUCCUGAUGCAAAUGUCGGUAUUUCGUACCGCAAAGUUUGACAUUGAUGCUGCGGCGUUUGUUUGUGGAAGGAACGUAAAUUCAGGAAAAGCACAGAUGAAGCUUGAAGUUGUGUUUUUGAAAAAUCGACAUUUUUUAGAAUUAUCAUAUGACAAUUUUUUCGAACUUGAGCCAAGUGAAAAAAUCACACAAACACAGUCAGGAAAAGAAUCACAUUCAUCGAAGUCUUACUAUAUCCAUCCCUUGGUUUAUCAAUUUUUGAGGACUCAGGAGGAGCAGUAUAAAAACAUUGUUACCGAUGCAAGUGCAAGAUAUGUCGAGCAUAUCAACAGGAUUCUGUCAAGAGCAGCGAAAUUGCCCUCUGUCGAUUCCAUGAAAACAAUCGCCAAAUUUGAAUCUCAUUUCAGUACUCUCUGUGAGUAUGUAAUACAAUAUCAUUUAAACCCCAGAUCAACCACCAUCAAUGUCGCCAAUACAACGAGCGUAUUAAACACUGAAUGGUUAUUGGAUUUGAUACUGGACACAACGCGUCGAUGUCAGUACUAUAAACAGAUGAUCGACCAAGCUAUAGAAGAAAACAAUGUUUUGGAUAUUCUUUAUUAUAAAACCUGUUUAGGUAAACUUUAUUUUGAAAACGAUAGACAUGAAAAGUGUGAUAGAAUUUUGACUGAUAUAGAAGAUGUAGUGGUUAAACAUGAGAAACUUUCAAAAGAACUUGAGUAUAUGAAACGCAAACAAAACCCCAAAGAUGUUCCCUGUGCGCUGGUCCUUGGUUGUUAUUGGACAAUGCAGGCUCGAUAUCUCAAUAGACUGGAGAAAUAUGGCGAAGCCAAGGACUAUCUUGUAAUAGCAUUACAUGCUUUUAAGAAAAAAGGGAAUGGUUGUUGGUCACAAAUUUCAAGUAUUUACAAUUUGUUGGGAGUUAUUUCACAUAAUUUAAAAGAAUACGAAACGGCAAAACAAUGGCACAUGCAAGCUUUGAAUUUCGUGAAUGAUAAGCCUGAUGCUUUUAUCGACAAAGGCAUUUUUCUGACUAAUAUAGGAACGGCACUGUUGAAUCAAUGGCAACAGAAUAAGCAAUCUGAUGAUUUACUACAAGAUGCGGAACGGAAUUACAAUCGCGCUUUGGAACUGGAAUUGACAAAGGCUGAGAAAAGAGCGAAAAUUUUGACACAGAGAGGAAAACUUUAUCUCAGACAACAAAAAUUCGAUGCUGCUCAAAGGGAUUUUCAAGAUAGCUUAGAUAUAUGGAAAGACAUUGUAAAUCCACCCCACAUAAAUUUGAUUUCAGCAUAUCAUGACAUAAGUUCACUCUUCAUAAGGAAAGACGCACACUUGAAAUUAGGAGGCGAGUCAGGAUCUGUACCCUCCAUUGUCCAGGCAUAUAACAACUACAAAGAAAUCCAAAGACAAAUAGAAGAAGGAGGUCUCUUUAACUGGCAUAGCAAUAACAAUCUUUAUGCCCACAUUGUUAAGAAUCACAAGAUUGUUUUGAAACGGCUCAAUAGGAAUAAGCGUGAAAUUGAGCAAGUGAUCGAGUUCUACAGGGAUUUUGAGGCUGGGAAAUUAAACAGGAAAAUUCUUCACAGAAGACGUGUUGAUCUAGACGAUGAACAUUCCUUAACGCCGUCACAGUCGCACGAUGAAAGCAUCGAGUCGGGAAGUGAAGGUUCGGAUUCUCAUUCAAGACACUCCGAAACCUCUUUUCUCAGUGUAACAUCAGAUGAAGACUCCGUGAUGACGAAGAAUUAUGAUGCCAAAACAGAAAAAUUGGAAAAAGUCAUUCCAACGCACAAUGACGCAGACAGUGCUCGGGUAGAACGAUUCGAUAGUGGUAUUGGAGAUUCCAUCACUAGUUACACGUCCUCAACAUCUGACUCUCACACUAAAGCUCUCCUCUUGUCCAUAGCAUCCGGCUCGUUUGAGGAAGAGGUAUUUUCUCCUUGUGAAAACGGUGACAAAAGUGUUAAUAAUUUACUCAGAAAAAGGAGAAAUUCAGAUAGAUACCAAACAUGCACAUUAAAGAGGCAAAGAAGUAUUGGCGAAGAUUAUCUGCGCUGUAGUCCCAAUAAUGCAUUUUAGACCCUGGAUAUCAUACCACAGCUAUUAGAAUUGAUAGUCUGAAAUAUAUGAUUAACUUUUAAAAGAUCAUUCCCAGAGCUCAUAUAUUCAAUUGUUUGCUUAUUUGUUCGAUGUCUCUCUGAGAAAAUUGUACUCGUAUCGAAACGUCACCGCCAACUGUAGGUGCAUAUAAUGAGAUGAGACUUCAUUAAUCAGCCUUUGAAAUGAAUUAAAAAAAUCAUGCACAAACAGUACAUCAGGUGAUCUAAUGCAUAUUUACACUUCGUUAGGAUAUUUUGUUAUCGUAGUUUGGAAUUUGUAAUAGAUACAUAACUCGUUCAUUGUAACACCUAAAAAUCAUCACUCCAUCUGACAUUUGUAAUUCACAAUUAUUAGAGUGUGUAUAUUCCUUACAGUGUUUAAUAGGAAUGUGUAGGUUGAAAUGUUCAUAUGUGAAAUUCGCUAAUUCUUGAUGGAAAAAAUUAAAUGUAUAUAGAUAGUUUGAA